GAGCCUCUCCGGUUCCGCCCCAGCCGCCAACGGCGGGGCGCGGGCGGCUGACGUCACGCGCGGGCUGCGCAAGGGGACGCUCUAGGCCAGCAGGGGGCGUGGCGCUCGGAGUACCGCGGCUUGCGGCGCCGGAGCCAUGAGCGAGACGGGCCCGGCCGGGCGCUGCGGGGCGCUUCUCACUUGGGUAAGCCCGGGAGCUGGAGCGCGGGGGGUCGCCCGCCGCCGCCGCUCGGCUGAUUCCCGCCACCACCUCCAUAGGGCGCCCUCCCCGAGUUACCCCCGCUGCCACUGCCGCCCCCCCGAUGUCUUCAACAGGUGCCUUCCCGCCCGGCUUCCUCGCCCAGCCACCUGGGAUAACCCUUACUUGGGGAAGGGGAAGAAUGGCCUACAAGGCCACACGCGCCCCUGUUUUUUUUUAUUAUUCCGGGUUAGUUUAACCCGGGAUUGCCGCUCACGUUUCUGCAUCCUCACGGACGUGCUUUACACCCGCUGUUCCACCCAUAAGCAUUAUGCACCGACAGAGGAUGCGUGUGGGGGGGUGUAUGAAUGCAUCGUGUGCAUGGACACCGGUAAUAACCACCUGGUUUGGUGAGCACGGGCGGGAGGAACGUAGGUUAAAGUCCGCGGCAGAGGCCUGAACUUAGCAGCACCGGUUACUCAGCCCCUGGAGUUCCUUCCAGGAAAGUCUUGAGGCCUCCCGGCUACCUCCCAACUCCGCUCCUCAACUCCCAAAUCCUCUUAAAAACCUCCCGGUGCGGCAAGUCUGCCUUAAAGCCUCGGGCUAUUUUUGUAGGCUCCACUCGAUACACAGUGACUCUGCAUUUGCGCUCUUUGCCCCCUGGCGCUGUGGAUUUUCUCUGUUCCCUCCACCCGCUCCCUUAAACUAGCUUUUUCUUUCGUGUCCAAAACUGGAAUGAUUAGGGCUUCCAACUGUUGGCUGCUGUUCCUUGAGAUUCUCUUUCUCUGUCCUUCCUUCGGAAGAAUCUUUCCCCACCACCUGCUGUGCCCAGCACCAAAUUCUGAACAAUGAAGGGUAUCUAAUUAAUUCCCAUCUUGCCAAACUCCCCAAGGAGUAGCAUAAUGAGAGUGAGGUUGAUAAUCUAGUUCAUCCUGCUUAAAAAUGUGUAGAACAAGACAUAGAGGUUUGUAGUUCAUCAGAGGAACAAACUUAAAACUACUUGGAAUGUUUAAAAAAGAAAGAAGGCAACACUUGCUCAAUCUAUAGUUCAGACCAGUCUAAUUGGUGAGGUUAAAUAUAUGAGAGAACCAGAGCCUGGAUUAUUAGAAAUAUAUUUAUAUGCUGCUCAACUGGGGCCCAGUUCCAAACUGGACCAUUUCAUCCCAAUCCUGAAAUAAGGAAAAGCAUUUAUUUGUGCUGAUUUACUUAUUCUUGAGAGAACCCUUGUGGAAGCUGCUAUCUGUCCAUUAAUUUGAUUCAGUGUUUUGAGUAGAAGAUUCAGGGGUCUGACAAACGUUCAUGCUUUUGGGCCACAUGUGAAAUAAAGUCUACAGUGUGGAAACUACUGCAUUGUUAAGUUCAGUUGUGUCACCUGUGAGCCAAAUCAAGGUAACAGGGUUUUGUCCUAUUGCAUGUGUUGAAGUAGCUUACGAAUGUCAGGACACUUUUAUGAUAAUCAACAAUGCUUUGUGAAUUGUUACUGUGACAAUUUUAAGCAUUACUGUAAUUGCUGCAGUCUGUACCCUUUGCAUUGCAUUUCUUUCUACCCCUGCUGCUUAGCUCACUGCUGACUUUCUCCUUCACUCACUCCCCCCACACCGUGUGUAUCUGCUAACUUGGGUUAACAAUUCAGGCAUCUGAUGUAGUAGUCUACAAAAGCUUAUGCCAUAGUAAAUUUGUUAGGGUUGUAUUCAGAGCACUCCUAAAUACCUCUAUGUGUGAGAAGAACAACUUCUGUUUGUGCAACGAUGCUCCCCCCCCCAUGUACUCCCUAAAUCUGUUCUGGGGGUUCCCUCAACUCUCUAGAGCGGAUCUGGGGAUAGCGUGGGAGAGGUGCAGGGGGGCAGAGGAGGGAAAUCAUUUUUGCACAAGUGGAAGUCAUUCCCCUCUCACAAUUAUUUAAUUGAAUACCAUCCUCCUACUUUAAAGUACCACAAGACUUUUUGUUUUUUGCAUUAAGAUGGUGAAGAAUAAGUGGAUUUUGACUCAGAAACUUCACCAACUUGCUCAAGGAAAAUAUUUCUGGAAAACUUUUUCUUUUGCAAUUAGAGCCAACCGGGGGGUUCUUUGAAGUAUUAUAUUUGUGUGAUAUUUAUAUUUGUGUACUUCCAUUAUUGUCAUAUUUUAGAUUUAAAUGAUUUUUAGUUUUUACUGGAAAAACUAGUGUUUGAACAACUAGAGCAGCACAUACCUCUGUGCCUGACUUAAAGAAUGGCUGCUUGGCUUAUUAAGAGUGGCUGCUGCUCUGCCCUCUAACAGCUUCCUGGUUAGAUUGCCCUAUGUCCUGUUUAUCACUAAUAGCUGUAAUGAGAAGACUUUGUUCUUCCAGUGCUAAUCACCUUCUCCCUAACCCACCAUGCCAAAGAUGCCGGAUGCUUCUAUCUCUGCCCAGGGCAGAAAAUACUGGAGUUGUUGUUUUUAGAUUCUAUAUGCAACAGCUGUCAUACAAGGAAGGAUUUUGGUAUGAUCAGCCUUUCGUAGCACUGCAGCCGUAAGAGAGGAGGAGCUGAACCUGUCAAGCUUGUCUCUCCUGCACAAGUAUUAAAAACACAGGAGUCUUUGUUUACGCUGAAUUGAGCAGCCCUAACACUGUUUUUCCUCAAUACCCCCGUGCCUGAGUCCGCAGAUGCUGUUGGGGACUCUUGGCUAACAAGGAAGGGUCUUUUGUUUAUGAGACCUGGAUAUUUAGGAAAUAAUUUACUAAUGCAAGAUGGCUGGUAUUUCUGCCAGAUUCAGAAUGGAAUGCUGAUUUCUCCAGUAAGAAUCAGGCAUCUGUCAGCCUUGUGUGAGAAGGCUGGAGUUGGUACCCAAGCGAGAUCUGAUGGGAAGGUGGAUGCCCAUGUGCUGUAAUGUUAUUAGCCAGAGCUAAUUGGACCACUUUAGGAUGAUUUCACAUGGCAAGACCUGUAAAGACUGCCCCCAGCAGGAGAGACCCUUCUACUCUUAGGCACGCUGAGGUCAAAUGGCAGUCACUGAUACUAAAGAAGGCCUGAUACGUGUGUUUAUGUGGGAUGCAGUACUGUAUCUUAGGAAAAACAUCAGUACUUUACCUCAUGCAGGUAGUUGAUGGGACUUCUAUUAAGAGGGGUAAACAAUUUGGAGAAGGUAGGCACACAUGGGUUCCUAAAAUGUAAAUUUGGUCUAAACAUGUUGAUUCCAGUGAAUAAGAGAGCUAUGGGAUCUGAUUUCUGCACGACUGAGAGUUCAGUGUAACUUGAGAGGCUGAUCAUUUGACACAAAUAGGACCUAAUCCAAUCUAAGGUAUUGCCACUUAGCUGUUUCAGUUGAGAACCAUAAGAAUUAGGACAUCAACAAAAUGAAAUUUUAAGGGAGAGGUACCCAAAAUACAGAGGAAGGUGGGGUGUUCGUGGCAUUCACUGGAUGUAGUGUAGCCACCAUCUUCCAAACAGGGCACAUUAACAAUCAAAAGGAGAGUGUUGUUUAAUAGUGAGGUAGGUAAGAGAAAUAUCUGACCCUGUAGAAAACCCCAAAUUGGACUAGAUAAUUCAAAGACUGAAAGCUUACUUGUUUUGGUAAUCUUUUUGGUUAAUAUGAAAACCUUAAUGUGUUGUUUCAGCCUGUUAGUUGCAGUUGAGGAAGCAAGGUUAAAAUCAUGGGAAAACAAGCAGGGAUGACUGUGUGCAUAUUGGAGGAGAGGACCAAGGCCACUCCUAAUCCUAGGUGUAAAUCCUGUAGCUGCUCUCGAGGCAGGAGGUAGUUUGGAAGACUUCUAUUUCAUUAUACUCAAGGAUGCCCUGACUGUGAGCGUGACAGCUGGGCUGCCUCUGCUUAGUGAUUCAUUGUGUAUAUCAGCGCCUUGCAGGCAUGUGGGAGUACUCGUGCCGAGCUCAUUGUGUGGGGGGUGCAUGUGUGUGGCAGGCACUGUUGUCUUGCAGCAGCAGACUUAUCUAUUGGCAUAGAUUUUCAAGUUUGGUUUUAAAGAUCUCAGUGUCUAAUCAUGGAGCCUAAGGGCACCUAAACCUACAUAGGGUUGCCACCUUCAGCCAAGAUUCUUUGUAACUCCACAGUUUUCAUUCUUAUGGAUAUAUUCCCAUUAAAUGAGAAAAAGUGUGUUUUUCUUCUUUGAUAUUGACACUGUCACCAGCAGCCCGGAUAGAUUUUAGGUUAUGUCCCUCUGUAGGCUGGUUCAGAAUGGGCUUCCUCUGUUCCCAGAUCCAAUAAUUCACUAUUUUUUCACCUAAAGUGUUCACUUGCUGAUUUGAUUUGUUUCCUCCAGCUGCAGACGUUUCAUGUUCCAUCUCCAUGUGCCAAAGAACAGGAUUUGGCCAGCGGGGUCACAAUUGCCCAGGUGUUGCACAAAAUGUGAGUGUCGUGGUGGUUAUCUUAAUGGGUGUUCACAAGAGUUAUCAUGGUCAGCAUGGCCAAAUUCUCCCCUCACUCCCCUACAAAUCUCUCUUUGAUCUCUGCCCCUGGUUAGCAAGUUGACGGUUGAAGUUUGUGCUGCCAGAAAUCAGAAUUCCCUCCCUAAUGAGUUAAUUUGACAGUUUGAUACUAGAGAAGGACAGACAAUAGCUUAGCAGCAGGAAAGCUCCUGUGGUUGCCUUCUUUGUCACAUUGGGACAAUGUGAAUGAAGCUGUGUGUGAGACAGAAGACAGAAGAGCUUGACUCUAGGCUGGUGAAAAGCCAAUAUAGAAUCUGUUUCGUAGAGCUUAUGUGCAAGAUCACAAAGUUGCUCAGAGUUUGCUUUCCACCCCCAAACCAAAGGCAACAGCUUUAUGGUUUUCAUUUCCAGAGACCCAUCUUGGUUCAAUGAAACCUGGCUCCUGAGGAUUAAAGAUGAUGCCGGUGACAACUGGAGGCUGAAGGUAUGAAGUGAGAAUGGGGUGAGUGGUAGUCUCUGAGACCUAGAUGCUUAGCAAUACCAAAUACUGCCAAGAAAUGAACUCCAGAAGUCAUGAGACUCUGACUUAGCAAUACCUUGAAAGCAGAGUUGUUCAAUUUUCAGGGUUUCUUGGCUGGCUUAGGUUGAUCAGCCAGCUUUGUGAUUUAAAGAUGAGGGUGGGAUUUGGUAGGAAGGGCUCUUCACCCCAAUUAGAUACCUGUCCUGCAUCAACCCUGGACUCUUCUCUCCCAUCAGAGUAGUUCUGAAGACGACUGAGCAUGGCCAGCUUUUUUUUUAUUUCCAUACCAGCAUGGGAAAUAGCGGAGUCUUGCUCGUUGGCUGUAUGGCUUUUGGAAAGGGGAAAUAUAGUGGGAAUGACAGGUCUCAGUACUCUGACAAACCUGCACAUUUAUGUUCAUUCAUCCUCUAUCUUGUCUCCAGGUGAGCAACUUGAAGAAGGUCCUGCAGAGUGUGGUUGAAUACUCCCAGGAUGUGAGUACCUUUUCUGGUUUGGCUUUGCUGGCAUGGUGGUGAUGUAUUUCAGGGCAUGGCCCAAGCCUCCAGUGUAAGUUAAGGGUCUCUGCUUGGGCAGUAGAGCGGCAGGUGAAUGCCAAGGGACAAAACUCUGACAAUCACUCAGCCUGGCUGUAUUGAAGCCAUCACUGAAAGACGGAGCUCAUGGUUCCAAUCUAACAUUCUUUUUUUCCCAGGACCCACCUAUCUCUUUGAUGGUAAUUAGUUUUAGCUGGUUGUAAUACUGAGUUUUAGAUUGUUGUAGUCUGCCCAGGGACCUGCUGGUGAAGGGUGGGUAAUAAAUUGAAUAAUGAUAAUAAAUAAUAAUAGAAAUAGCCCUGCUCUAGAAAAGCUGGGUAAAUGUUAUUGGUUCUCUAUGGAUGUGGCUUUCUCUGUGUACAGAACUCCCAAGACACAGUUGACAUCCAGUGGAGUGGAGUGGCAAGUGAGACUUAGACUGGGGAGAUUUUGUUUCAAAUCCCUGAUUUACUCCAAAGCUUCCUGGGUGGUGACUUUGGGUCUACCUCUUAGCCUAAUCUAUCCACUCACAGGGAUAAAACAGUGGGAAAACUAUAUAUGCUACCCUGAGCUGUUUGGAGGAAGAAUGGGAUUGAAGUGUAGUAGUAGUAGUAGUAGUAGUAGUAGUAAAUGCUCCUUAGCACAGGCAGUCUUGCUAACAAGUCCACCCAAGUUACUAGCCCAUAACUUUUUAAAAAAAUUAUUCACCUUUCCUCACAUGCCUGUGUAAGUCGCUUAUUGCCCACUGACAGAGGCUGUUGCAGUUUCAAAAGCUCCAUUGUUUGGUCACUUGGAGGCUUGCCACAGACUAGUGCUGGACAAGUGGCAGAUUUCAAACCUAAGAUAAAAGAUACUGAAAAGUAACCUGUCCUCUCCCAGGCAAAUUGCUGUCACAGACACAGUGAGAUAGGUGGAAUAAGUAGGUGGCAGCAACAGUGAAAGGUCUGCUGGCUGUCAGAAGCUAUAUCCGCUGCUGUCUUCUCAGGUCCUGGGCCACCAAGUCCCGGAGCAGCUCCUGCCUGAUGUAGCUCUGGUUGGAGAACUGUCUGACACAGCUGAGCUGGGCAAGCUACUGCAGCUGGUGCUGGGCUGUGCCAUCAGCUGUGAGAGGAAGCAAGGUAUAUGUGUGCGAAUGACAAUUACGAUGGGGGGAUGUCACAGUGGAGCUUUAUGGGCAUCUGUGCCAUGAGGAUGACUCUGCAAUGGCUGCUUUAAAUACCUGCCAUGUGUUGCUGGGGUCUAGGAAGCAGGUGCCCUAUUUGUUGUGGCAUUGCUGUCCUGCUUACAGGGACUUACAGUUUCCCUUCGUUAGUCCUCUCUAUUCAGGUGGCUCCUGCCUCAUCCAUAUAACUUCUGGAUCUCCUUAAGCUGGAGCUUCCAAUCUUUCUCCUUGGGUUUUCUCCUCUUGGUUUUCUUCACCCCUGAUACUAGUUGGGAUAUCAGCCUCUUAAAUCAGUUUGAGACAGAAGGAGGGUGCAGUGAGAGACAGACAGACAGAUCUGACAUUCUGCCACACCCACAAAAAUACUUCAUCGAAAUUUGGGCCCCACUCCUGGAGGCUGUACCAACCCUCAUGGCUGCAUGAUUUGGGGCAGGGGAGGGAAUCUGGCCAGAGGAGGAAGGAACUAGUUGGAGAGUAACUUGAGUGCCCAGCCUCAUCUGUUUGCAGAUCACAUCCAGCAGAUCAUGACCCUGGAGGAAUCUGUGCAGCAUGUUGUUAUGACAGCAAUACAGGAGGUGAGUGCGACUGUGUCCUUCAGCCUAGUGGGAAGCCAUUAGGCUCCGGAACUGGAUGCUUGCUUUGUGUUGCUAAUGAUCUCCCUGGUCAGGAAGUGCCCCUCAUUCUCAACCUACAAUCUUGCGUCUUCCCAGGUAAUGAUGCUACUUUUGUGCUAGUCCCUGCCCCCGCCAAGUCCUGCCCACUCCCUGCUGCCAGGCCUGGUGCUCAUUAGAUGAAAGUUCCGAAAGAUGUUCUAGUUAACCUAUGCCUGCUUCCUGGAAUACAGGGCUUAGAAAGUUCUGAGAGUCACCUCUAUGUGACCAGUUACCAAACCUCUUUGUCUUUUGCAGCUCUUAAACAAAGAUUCAUCGGACACGCUGAGCUCAGAGACUUAUGGGAACUUUGACAGCCAGGUACUUGUGAUAUAUAUUAAGAGUGGGUGGGCGGCAUGAGCCCUAAUGGUGCAAAUUCAAUAGAUGUAGGCUGAGCAGGAAUGGAGAAAGAGGUCCUUUUUUUUUUUUUGGUGGGGCCAGAUGAGGUAAUUCAAAGGAAGAAGGCUAGGCUUGGGCUACUAGGAGUGGUUUGCCUUGUUCAGUGUCUGUAGUACUAUAUAGACUUUUAUUGACUGACUGGCUGACUUCUUGUACCUUUCCGGUUUUCCCUUGUAGUCCAGGAAGUAUUACUUUCUCAGUGAUGACCUAGAGGAGACAGAUGACAUGCGCCAGCGCUGCCAUGACCUAGAGCAGCAGGUGAGUGUCUCUUGGGAGCCAAGAAAAUUGGAGGUGGAAACCAGCUCUGUUUGCUGUGGACUUAAAAGAAUGUGCAUCAGAUGAUGGAAGCCAGGAGACUAUUCAUAGGAACAAUGGAAAAAUACUGAGCACCAUCAGGUCUCCAAUGGGUUCUGCCCUUCCUCAGAAGUUAUGGGGAGGUAUAUAUCAGGGGUAGGGAACCUGUUGUCUCAUAACGUUUGGUUGACUGCAUUGUCUGUCACCUCUGAGCAUUAGCCAUGCUGGCUGGGGCUGAUGACAGAUAGGAUUCCCAAUAACAUCUGGAGGGCCACAGGUUCCCCACCCCUGGUAUAUAUUCUGUGCUGGAAUUUUGCAGGAGCCCUGACAUGCCGUUUUCUGAACUGCUAUCUUGAUUACCAUCCUUUCUCUCCCCUUCCCUCCCUGCCUGCCUCUCCAUAUUGCACAGCUCUAUGUGCACUGAGUUGGUGGUGUUUGGGGACCGGGCCUAUUCUGGUCAUUUGGAUAUUCUGUCUUUCCUUAUAUGAAGGCAAGGUGAGGUCCUGCCUUCCUUUCCUCCCUCAUGCAGUCCAGUUUCUGGGGUGGGGUGGGAAGUGCAGUUCUUUGUGGAUGGUGUGAGCUUGCUGGGCUGCAUGGAGACAGCUGGGCUUGGCUGCAGUGUGGUGUGGUGUGCGAGUCCGUGUCCCUCCUCCUAAUGCACAGCUGUCCUUUCCCUCAUUGUUUUUGAGAUUGCUGUGGACGAAGAACAAGAUCAGCUUGGUAGUUUUGGGGCUGACCUUGGACUCAGUGGUCCUGGGCUUUAUGCCUCUUUUUACCUGUUAAAGCCAUAUGAACAAGACUGGUGUCCAGCAGAGGGGCUAAAUUUAAAGAGCAGACAGUGCAACUGUGGAGAUUUUGGAUAUUUCAGGAAGGGUGGGUUGUGGGGGACCUGAGAAAGGAUAGGCUGAUCUCGCUCCCUUUACAAAAACAAACCCUUUACUCCUCCAAGGUGCUAAAGUGCCCCUGGAGUUGCAGCCCCCUUCAAGAAGGUAAGUGUCUUCCCUCUUCCCAUGCUCUUGCCUAUGAUAACAGACCUGCUCACCCAGCAGUGGAGCCCCAUGCCUGGUGGGACCAGCCUAACCUCCUUGCAUGAGCAUGUGCCAUGUUGACAAGUUAACAACUGCUUGAGAGCUAAUACAGCUACAAAUUCACAUUUCUGCAUUCUAGGUUCUAAACUGCAUAUGAAGAUUCUGGAAUCACUUAGGUUUAGGGGAUGUAUAUACAGGCUGAGGGGGUUUUUGUGGCCUCUUCAUUUGGCAGCAUUUAAUCUUCGUGGCAAUUCUGGAUCCCUGCAGUAGGUCGGUAGGUGCCUGUAAUGAAGUUUUCGCUUCCAUUCAGGGAGCAUAGGUCCUUGGCAAAAAGUCUGCCAGAUUUGCAGAGAGAGGAAGUGAACUUGCUUGCUAGCAGUUCCUUUCAGUAGCUCACACAUGCUUUAGUAGUGCCUGUGUGGAUGAUAAUUCCUUCCCGCCAAAUGAGCUGGUGCAAGAGGAGUCCUGAUGAGGCUAAUUUCAAUGGCUGCUGUGCGUGUUGGGGCAGGAGGCCAGCUGUAGACAUUCUUUUGCACAUGCAUGCAAAUGUCUGUUAAACCUACUCUGUUACCCACUGUAUGGUUCCAUAGUUUUGCAAAAUCUGGGGACAAGUCUGCUAGAGCAGCAAAAGGAACCGAUUGCUUUUGGCUACAUGUAGCAAUUUGAUAGAGAGUGGGAGAGCAGGGUUCUCUUCAGCCUGCUUAAAGCCAAGGGAAAGAAGUGAACAGCCAAGACUUAAGGAGCUAUGCUUCCGCUCUCCCCUUUUUCUAGGGCCCUAGUAGAAUGAGGUUGAAUGUCACAGGCUGGUUGGGCUUACGAAGGACCUGGUAGAAUCCGCAAAGUUCUUAGCUGGACUUAGAGCUCCAUUACUUGGCCGCCUCCUAGAAACUAGUCUUCCUCCUCCCUUCUCUCAGAUCUCCAUCCUGGUGGAAGAAAAGAAUACUUUGUCUCUAGAGAACAAGAGUCUCCGGGAGCAGAAAAGCUCCCUUGAGUCAGAUGCUGCUGGGCUCACUGGCAAGAAGUUGCUUCUGCUUCAAACCCAGAUAGAGCAGCUGCAAGAGGAGAACUUCCGGUAAGGCAGAUACUGGGGUGGGGAGGUUAUAUUGCCCUCAGGACAAUGUGCCCAAAGGCAGUGGAGUCCAGAGAAUAAUUAGAAGAAAAGUCUAGCUAACUAGAUGUAUUUUGGCCAGGCUGGAAAGCAGCAGAGAUGACUUCCGAGUGCGCUGUGAAGAUCUCGAAAAGGAAGUGCUGGAACUUCAACACCGCAAUGAGGAGCUGACCAGCCUGGCUGAGGAAGCCCAAGCACUGAAAGACGAGAUGGAUGUGCUGCGGUAAGUGUGCCUCAAUGCCUCAGCUGCAAGAACUGUGAAUAUACCCUUUUAUUUUUUUGGUUAUGUGUUACGGCUUGUGAAGCAGCCCAUGGUCCAGCCUGGGCCUGCUGUGUGUCAAAACUCCACAUUUGUGAAUCUUGGGCCUCAGGUGUGCUGUGUUGCCGUAUAGGCAAACCUCCCACUGCAGCAGCUGACUAAUAGAGGUCUGCUUCUCUGCAUAUUUGGACACUCUUAGGUAGACAGUCCAUUUUUGCACACAUCCUUAAGUUUAACAUGGUGAUCUUUGCCACUGAAAAGGCAGAGCAACAGAUUCCCAAACACCUGAUGGAGAAGAGUUGACAGUCCCACCAGAGGGUUUGUGGGUGGCACAUGCCUGUGCACUGGAGCCCUGAUGAAGGCUGUCUCUCUUCCAAUGCUUGAAGUUCUGGAAAAGCAGAAGCAAAUUAGUCCAGGAGUUUUGAGUGAAUAUGUGGAAUGUGGCUUCUUACUUGGAAUCCAAUUAGUUCUGCUGAAUAAUCAAAAUCUCUGCUAUCUGGAAUUUGGUGGAAGUGGGGCAGCUUGUGUGUAAAUAAUUUGGUUUAAUUGAGAAUGUUAGUAGCUCUAGGGGGAUGGGUUUCUGUGCUGGAACAGCAUUCAUUGCAGUCUCUCACUAUUACCAGUCUUCCUUUUCCUGUGUUUGUGAGUUUUGUACAAAGCAUGCUGUUAGGUAACUUCACACAGAUUUCUUUUUUUGCUAUACAUUAAAGCAAACUCAAGUUUUGUUGUAACUUGCCAAUUUUUGGACUGUUUCACACAGAAAUGUAGACAUAGUGCUUCAGUUCUAGAAUAGAUGCACUGACCCAUAACUUCAUGUGAUGUAAAAGAGUGUCAGCAAGCCUUGGGCUUUCAUGCAUCCUUUUCUACCACAUCCCAGUGGCUAGAAGCAGAAGUGGGGGAUCAAAUGCUUUACUAUUUGUUUGUUGUGUCCAAACCAACAAAGGACAGUUACCAUUUGACUAUAAUUUGUUUGCAACAAUCCAACUUGGAAUGUUGGCCUUAAAAUGCAUGGGAUACUUGUUGCUUAUCCAUUAUUGUUUCAGUUUUUGGCACCCUUUGACCUUGCUGCAGCAAUUCCUGCUUACACAGUAGUUUUCUAUAGCUAGUAGAGUUACUUUCUGUCCCUCCACUUUUUAUCCAAUAAAGUCAGAGUUACCUGACAUUAAAAGCUGUAAAAGAUACCUAUACUUAUAUCUAUAUCCUGCUGUUCUGCAGUCACUCCUCAGACAAGGUGGGACGGCUGGAGGCUAUGGUGGACUCCUACAAGAAGAAGCUGGAAGACCUGGGUGACCUUCGGCGGCAAGUUCGGCUGCUUGAGGAAAGAAACACCGUCUACAUGCAGCGCACUUGUGAGCUGGAGGAGGAGCUUCGGCGUGCAAAUGCCGUCCGUGUGCAGCUGGAGGCACAUAAGAGACAGGUGAGUUGGUGUUAAUAAGAGAAUGCAUUUGAGCAGACUGCAGCCUUCAGAAUGCACUUGCAAUAAUACUCUGUCCUGAAGGAAUCCUAAAGACAGAUUGGAGCACCAUUGGAGCCAGAAAGGCAAAACCCAUUUGACCAGGAUUGACCUGGUAGCUGUAGCUGUGCUGUGGCUUUGCAGGCAGAACUGUUGUCUCAAACAGUCUUGUACUCUUGGUGUUUGGGAGGACUUCAAUACUAAACAUAGAUUCAAGACAACCUGUAAUGAAAAGCAGCGUUGCUGAUUGCUUUGCAGCAGGAGAGGAGGGCAAAGAUCAUAAGCACAGCAAACCCCUACUCUUCCCUCUUCCAGGUGCAAGAGCUCCACAGCAAACAUGCAGAUGAGGCUUUGAAGGCGGAGAAAUGGCAGUUUGAGUUCAAGAACCUCAAGGAGAAGUUUGAGGCCCUGGUAAAAGAAAAAGAGGUAAUGCAGACCUUGUACCACAAGAGGAUGAUGAGUGUUUCCUUUGGCUUGCAGGUGAAGGCCUAGUCCAGGAGUGAGGGAGCUUUUUCAGCUUGAGGGCCACAUCCUCUCAUGGGCAGCCUUGUGGAGGUUGCAUGCAAGUGUGGGUGGAGCAAUGGAUGUGACUUCUCUCUUCAUUGAAAGGGCUACAUUCUGGCCGCGCAAAAGCUCGAGCUUGGUGGUGGGUGGGUGUGUAUAGAUAUAGGUAUGUCCAUACAGAUUUUUUAUAUAUGCACACAAAUGCACCACCUAUCUACCCAUCCAUUAUCACAGUUCAAUGGCUCAUUCCAGCCUGGUAAAGGAGGGCACAGAGCAGGCCUGGAGAGCAUGUGGGACGAGUCCCAAAUGUCAGAGAGCCUUGAAGGCUGCAUUUGGCCUGAGAUUCUCUACUCCUAGUCUCGUGGCAAGAAUAGGGAAAUCUGGCAGGAGUAGCAUCUAGUUUCUGUUACUUUGACAAUGUAGUACAAUAAGGCAUCAGCCCACCAUAGCUUAAGUGGUCCUUUUCCUGGAGUGAUUCCUGACCCUUUUCCCUUAGAGGCUGAUUGAAGAGCGGGAUGCCUUACGGGAAGCCAAUGAAGAACUGCGAUGUGCUCAGGUGCAGCAGAAAUUCCUAAACCAAGCAGGUGAGUAUCAGAAGUCUUCCCCACCCCAAUGAAAUCCAAUAAAGUCUGCCUCAGAACAAAGAUUGGAAGUUAAGGAGAAAAGGGACACGUCUUUGUGUUGACAGGGCCAAGUGCACUCAAGUUACACUAAACUAGCAGUCAACUACAUUUAACAUUUGUUAAUACCUGAAGAGCCAUAGUGAGCUGCCUACUUGCUGCAAUCAUUAGAGGAGAUUUGUUCCAUCUGAAAUGAACCGGGGGGGGGGGGGCGCUAGGGCCACCUCAGUGUUGGUGCCCAUAAUUUUUUGUUGCAGGAAAACAAACUAGACGCUUCUUUGUGCGUUUAGGUGUUGAUUUAAGAGCAUAUUGUUUGGACAUUUAUUUUAUUGAAAUGUCCUUUAAUUUGAUUUAGUUGCUGAUUGAGCGUUGUGCUUCUAUUUUUGCGAUUCCUUUUUGGUUGUUACGGCUGUUUUUUGCAAAUGUAUUUUAUAUUUUUUAUUUACACCUGAAGACUCCAUUUGGGAUGGAAGGGUGCAUUAAAAAUAAAUGAAUUAAAUGCUGUCAUUUUCAUUUUUAAGAACUUUCUACAGGCAUGUCCAGGGGGAUUCCCUUGUCUGUUAGCUUACUUGGAAGCCACAGGAGGGCUGAGAGGGUAGGAUUUUAAUGGAUUGGACUGUUUUUAUAAGCUGAAUGGAUAGCUCAGUUGGUAGAGCAUGAGACUCUUAAUCUCAGGGUCAUGAGUUUGAGCCCUACCUUGGGCAAAAGAUUCCUGCAUUGCAGGGGGUUGGACUGGAUGACCCUUGUGGUCCCUUCCAACUCUACAGUUCUAUGAGCAGCUAUACGGAACAAUUUUUUUACUGUUUUAUUUUAAUUAAUGUUUAUUAUGUGAUUUGUGAUCUUAAUUGUUCUGAUAUGUAAAUCACCCUAGGAUUUCUUUUAAUGAAGGGUGGUAAAGAAAUUAUAUAAAUUAAAUUUUAGGCUAAGCCUGAUAGGAUCUCACACACCUGUCUCCAAGAGCUUUGCCUACAGCCUGUGUGUGUGCUUGGUCUGCCAUUCGGUUGCCUGAACCUGCUUGUAGGGGAAGACCUUGUAUUAUGGUUGGCUGCUGCCUGAAGUGAGGUUACCGGUUUCACCUCCCAUCUCUGUGUGGCUUUUCUCAGCCUUCAUUCUUCUCCUGUUUAAAUGUAUUUCUCUUGAUGUGAUAGAUGCCAGUGUGGACCAUGUUUUGCUUAAUACUGCUGGGACCCAUAACUGCACUUUUAUUGCUCCAACUCAGGGUUGAUGAGUUGUCCGGCCCUGGCUAGGUCAAGUGACACCAAAAGCUUGAGUGAUUGCAUCUUAGAGGGUUGUGCUUUAUAGCAAGGUAGUAUUUGGGAACGAUCGGCUCCUCCCCUCCAACAACACCUGCACCUUUGGGUAGAAAGCCAGAGUAAAAAUAAAUGUAUCUUCUGUUUCUCUCCCCCCUCCCCCUUGCAGAUACCAUCCUAGAAGAAAUUGCUUCUCCUGUGGAUAACUUAGCAGCUGAGAUCAUUCCAGCAGAACUCAAGUAAAGUUUGCCCCCUUGGGGAUCCUGUCUUGGGAGGCAGAAGGGCAAAAGCCUAUGGGGCCUAUUUGAAAUUGGGGACUUGCUGUUAUUCAUAAUUAUACUUGAUUACUUCCAUCAGCCAGAGGUUGGAGUCAGUGUUACCCUGGUGUCCUUUUGGUGAUAAAGAGAAAGUGGUGGUGGUGGGGGGGAGUGCUAUCCUGGAUUUAUUUUUCUGAUAUUGUAGAUGAAACAGGUGUCAUCCCAAGAUCACCUUCAGCUUGUUUGCUUAAGCUUAAGAAAACUGGAGUACAGUUUUCUGCUUCAUACAGUCAUGACAUAAAUUCUUUAAAAGGUCAGGCUCUAAGUGAAUGCUCCUAAUGUAUAUGCUAGAUAAUACAGCACGGUAAUCUCUGUGAAUACUGUCUAUCCCAAUAUGCAUUGCUCUGGUUUGGCCCCCAAUUCUAGAUAUUGCAUCCUCUCUAUGAGCUGUUCUGCCUUUUAGUACAGCUUUUAGGGUUGGGAGUUGGGCCCACAUGAAGCGGGGGGGGGGGGGCUGGGAAGUGGUGGUGGUGGUGGUCCACACCAUUGGAUAAUGCCCCAGCUAAUAAUUGUAACAUUCUGUGUUUCUUGCGGCCAGGGAGACCAUUGUGCGGCUGCAGCAUGAGAACAAGAUGUUAUGUGCACAAGAGCUGUCCUAUCGGCUGCAGCAGACCGAAUUGCAGGGGCUGCUGGAGGAAUCUAACCGUACUAAGAACCAGCUAGAGGCACAGCAAAGGUAUCCAACAAGCUGAAAAGUUUGCAGUUUGUCCCCACUGGUCUUAGAAGAUCCAACCUGCCUUCUCCAGUCCCUCUUAACCUUUGACCAACUAUUAAAUUUGCAAUUCUAAUUUAGAAUUAUUUUUAUUCACUGUUCUUCCUCUUAUCUGGUAGGCAAUAUUCUACCUCCUGUUCUAAAAACUAGUGGGGAAACUCUUACUGUUGGCCAAUCAAGUGAAACCAUAUUUGCAUGGUCAGUUGGGGAGUGUCCUUGAGCUCAAGCACUGUUUGCAUGAUCUACUAGGAAUGUUAAACUAACAUUUUUUUAAAAAAUAGAAUUUUGUCCUAGCUUAUCUUUGUUAACUAGUGAGGGGCAAGCUCCCUUCUCCUCUCAUUGCCCUGGCUCAGAAAUAAACAGAGCCGUUUGAAGGUGUACUACUUAUCACAGCAGCUUUUAGCUAGGCGCCAUCUGUACUGACAGUCCUGUGGGCUUUGUUGCUGUUUGCAGCUGGCCUUUCUCUUGCCUGUUUUAAUUUGAUUUGCCCUUCUCUCUAUCCAGACUGAGCCAGCAACAGAUCACUGAGCUCAAGGUGCAAGUAGAGGAGCUGCAACGGGCCCUCCAGGAGCAAGGAAGCAAAGCAGAAGAUGUGAGUUUGCUUGAGAAAAGAGGGUUCUGUGAGGCCUUGUCAGAGUCAGGCUCACAGGGAAGUUUUGAAGGAGAUUUUCACAGGGGCUGGUGGUCUCUACUCUCAGCCUGAAUCCAGACCUUCUUACAGGGUGGCAGUAAUGGGAGCUGGUGGCAUAAACCCACCUGUCCGUUUCUCAAUGGAGACUUAAAACCAAGACAAAACAAAGGAGCUGGGCCGUAUGAGAUCUUUGUUGCAACAUCUAGUCUAGGAUUGUGUGCUCUCUGUGUACCAAGUGGGGGAACUCUGCCUGUGUAUUGGCAAGUUUUAGCCUCCCAAAUUACCUUGGGGCUCAAAACAAUGAAAAAGGAGUGGGGCUAAUCCUCAGAUACUGACUACUGCUUGACAGGGUUGCUAUAAUGUGGGUGGUAGAGAUUCCUUGAACAUACAAAUUCAAUGCUAAGGCUACACUUGUGGGUCUUAGGAGCUGCAAAAUUGCAGUUUAUGGUAGCUACGCUGGACAAAGGUGUGCUAUUUGGCUAAGAACCUUUUUUCUCGGGUUUACGGGCUUGUUGCCUAUUGGGGGAGGGAGGGCAAGAACUUGCAGGCUGUAAGUGUAGUUUUGCCCCAGUUUGAGAGCCUUGUGUCCCCUCUCCUGUGGCCUGUUCUAAUGAUCACCAUUACCUUCUGCCCAGGCCUCUUUUCCUCCUCACUUCCCUAAUCUCACUAUGCUAACAGCCCUCUCUUUCUCCCUUCUGACUUGCUGGCUAUCCUGCCCAGGCCAUUGUAAGUACUUUCACAUUCUGUGUUGCUUCCACCAUCUAACCUACUCCGCUGCCCUGCCAACUCAUUGUUGCUUCUCUUCUGUCUUUGCUUGAUUCUUGGUGUGUCAAAGAUAAGGGGCUGCUCUGGGUUCACCUGCCAAGAGCUGCUAAGGGGCCUGCGUAUUCUGAAGGUUUAAAGGAGCACAAGUUCAGUUUUCUUAGUGCAGAAGGGAAGCUGGGAAGCAUAGGUGCUGUUUUGAAUUGGUAACUUCUGUUCCAAACGGCAUUCUGAUAAUCUGAAAAGGUAGGAGCAGUCUAGAUUUGUUUCUGAAUUCGUGCAAAGUAGUUAACUGUACCAACAUCUCUUAGGAGAUGUGCUGUCUCCUACACAAUCAGUAACUGUUCAUGUUACUGCCCUGUGAGUCUUGUAUAUUAAUAAGUCUGUAAACAAUUAUGGUUCAGCAUUUUCUAAAUUAUCCCUACUGGGAUAAUUGAAAAGGAAGUAGAGGAAAAACUUCCUAAUGGUUGAGAGCCUUUAGGCUGGAGGUGAAAGAGAAAUGCUGUUGAUGUGACAUUGAGCAAUGUAAACCAACAUUUGCACACCUAGUAAAAGCUGUAGUAAACCUUGAAAAGUAAAUGCUUUUGCAUUGCCCACAUCUAUUGAUGCUACUUGAGUGACAGACCCUGAAUGGUCUCAGGUGGAGGGAGGAGACUUUGGCUUUUACUGCCAGAGAUGGGAGUGAGGUUUGAAUACAUGAAUGGAUUAGUAACUAGUAUAGAAAGACCUUUUGUUUUUUAGACUGCAGCCUUGUUAAUUGACAGUAGGAUUGACCGUAGAGUUGAGCCACUGGCUGUGUUUAGUUCACUUACUGUAUACUGGAUAUUUUUAUCUCCCCCGGCAUGCCAGCAUAGACAACCAUGUUUGCAGAACUGAAUGGAAUUCUCUGUUCCAUUUUAAGAGUGCUUCUGAGUCAGCAGCAUCCCAGUUUAACUUUCCUAGCUCAUGAAGACAAAUCUGAACUGAAACCUUGAACUCCUAGUGCCCCCAGGAUGAAUCCUUCAAAGCCAGCAAAUUUAUGCAUAACCUGAGUGCAGGAGGUCUUCAAGAGUACAGGGUACACUACAACUACACAGGUUUUAGUAUUGUGUGUAAGAUAUACUGAACAUAGCACCAGCUCACUCUAGUGGUCAGAUGAUGACGACAACAACAGCAGCUUAGCUAAUUGAUCUGCAAACAAAAUAAAAAUCCUAAACAGUCAUUUCUCUCUCUUUUUAGUCUUCUCUCCUACAAAAGAAGCUGGAGGAGCACCUGUAAGUGAUUCAAUUUAGUUUGAGGGACAGGGUUGGAAAGGGCUAAAGCUCACUUGGUUUUCUUUGUUGCAUUUGAUGAAUACAUAUCUGGGGUUGUUAUGGGUCCAGCUGUGCUACUUAACAACAUAUUGAUGCUGUCACACAAUACACAGCAGGGCUUUGGUUCCACGCCCUUCAGGUUUCUGGUCCUUAUUCUUCAAGACACCUGCAUGCCUAGCUUCUGUUUCUCUUUCUGUUUCCUGGUCAGAGAGAAAUUGCAUGAGGCCCAUGCAGAGCUUCAGAAGAAGAAGGAAUGCCUUGAUGAAUUGGAGCCAAAAGUGGACAGCAACAGUAAGUGGGUGGAUGACAGAUCCAUUGCUUUAGGAGUCUCAACUAAGCCCAACCUUUGCUGGGUACUACAAUGGGAUGGGAUGGGCUGGGCUACCCAGAAAUCAGAAGACCUUGUAGAGCAUAGAGUGAAGAUUCUUGCUACUCCAUCUGUCCCCUGUCCACAUUUUGGGGUCAGGACAGCAUUGAUGUCCCCGCCUUUCUCAACAGCUGCCAAGAAGAUUGAUGAACUGCAGCAAUCUUUGAAGAAGAAAGAUGAAGAUAUGAGAGCCAUGGAGGAACGAUACAAGCGUUAUAUGGACAAAGCCUGCACAGUAAGUCAAGUCUUUUCAGUGCCUUUUGCCACUGCACAGGCAUACAUUGGCGAAGCCUCACUAAAUGGCUUUGUAGAUCAUACACGCUUCCCUGCGGUCAGUGUGAUUCAGUCAGCAAUGUUGCUUCAGGACCUUUCUAGUAGCUAAAUGGUCUUGGCCUCCCAAAGCUAAGUGAUUAUGGAAGAUCUCUUUAUCCUUUCACAGGUCAUCAAGAAACUGGAUCCGAAGCAGCAGCCUCAUGGAGUUCCACUGGAGAUCCAGGCUUUGAAAAACCAGCUGCAGGAAAAGGAUAAGAAAAUCAACCACCUGGAGGUGAGCUCCUCUUCCUCUUCCGAGAAUGAGGGUUGCAGCUUUUCUUACAUAAGAGCCUGCCUGAUUAGGCCAAAGCCCCCUCUAGUUAAACAAUGGAAUUUGCUCCCUUGAGAAGCAGUAAUGGCCACCAAACAUUGAUGGCUUUAAAUGAGGACUAGGCUAUCAGAGGUUACUAACCAUGAUGGCUAUGUAUUACUUCCAUUGUUGGAAGGAAUGUACUUCUAAAUACCAGUUGCAGGAAACUGCAGGAAGGGACACUGAUGUUGUGCUCUGGUCCUGCUCACAGCUUCCCAAGGGCAUCUGGUGGGCCACUGGCCUGAUCCAGCAGGGCAAUACUUAUUAUAACAAGUUUCCAAAAUUAACAAGGAUGUGCGCACUGCAGCCCUCUUACCCAUAAGCUACAGGUGUCUUGAGUAUAAUGCAUUAAUUCCUUAUCUUCCGAAAGUCAAUAUAAAUUAUUUCAGAUGAGUGGUUUGCCAUGCGUUGCCUGUUUCGACCACCCUGUUAGCAGCUCAGGUAGUUUCUUUCUGUUGUCCUUACUUUGCUUUCACUUGGGAUCAAAUUGGUAGACUGAGGUCCUGCACAUCUAUAAAAGGAAGAGGUACACUUCUCAUCUCCCCUCUGUUUUGGUUGGCCUUGGCAGCAUAACUUGGGGUUUUCCAUAAUCCCCCCAACACACACACACACACACAGAGAGAGAGAGAGAGAGAGAGAGAGAGCGCGCGCCUUGAGGUUUAGCAGCAUGACCACUUACCUCCUUUUUCCUCUCUGUGCUUCAUCUCAUUAGUCGGAUUUUGAGAAGACAAAAUCUCAACAAGAACAAGAAGAGAAACUCAUCAUCACUGCUUGGUAUAACAUGGUGAGUUUGAAUUGGACUAGGCAUAAAUAGAGGUGCAUGUACUGAUGCAGGGGUGUGGCACAUUGCUUUGCAGGAGAACAGUAUGAAUAACUGCUGUGGAGCUUAACAUCCCGAGAAUCUCUUACUUUUUCUAACUAUUUUGGUACUAGACACGUUUUGCAGCUGCUAAACACUGCUGAGUAAAAUGUCUGAAGUUGGGCUCUUUACAGUAGAUCAUUUUGAUGAUCCUGUAUAUGUCUGGAUCACAGAACAUGGCCUUUUUGAAUUCAGACCCUCUUGUCUUCUGACACAUACUGUCCUGGUCAGAGCCCUAUGGAGGAAGAACAGUGAAGAACCCUCCAUCUCCAUCCAAGAGUCUGCUGGCACAAGCCAAAUGUUUCUUUUCUUUCCCACUGCAGGGCCUGGCGCUGCACCAGCGGGCUACAGAGGAGCGGUCAUCCACCUCUACACCAGUCCAGUCCUUCUUGGCCCAGCAAAGAUUGGCCACCAAUACUCGAAGGGGCCACCUGAACCGAGCUCAACCCUUGCUGCUUCGAUACGUUGGUACAGACAAACCUCAGUUGUCCUGAUCUGGAAAAGCUGUCCUGUGGAUCUUCUAGAGAAUGCUCACUUCCCGGGGAGUGUGAAAUCGGAAUUCCUGUUAUGCAGUGGUACUUCCUCUGGAAACCCCCGUUUUAUCCCUAUUGCUGAAAUUCAUUCUCUGAUACUAAAGAUUAUUCCUAUGCCCAACUGUAGUGCUUGUUUUUUAAAAAAUGAGGAAUCUUGAGCAGCAAGGAGCUGGAUCUUCCCUAUUCAUUGCAGACCUACAUGUUCCCUCUUCCACUGCAGUUGGGAGCUGUUGCAUGGCAGUACCCCGGGUGACGGAGAGGUAUCCUUCAACCAUGUUCCUUACCCACCUUUCCUCUUAAAAUUCUGCUUUUGUACAUAGUUUCUGUAUAGCCCUGUUCCCCACCAAUUAAAAAUGUUCUUUACCUAAUGAUGUCAUCUGCAGAGGGUAUGGAGGGAAUAUUUUUACUGUCAUUCACAUCUCCCCUUAUGGUAUCGGCCUCAGUCCUGGGUAUUUUUUGUGGUGAUGAAUGCAAAAGGAUGAGAUGGCUGCUUUGAUAGUGGCCCUGCAUUUGGAGUUUGACUCCUUUAAAAAGCUAGCAUCGGUUCCUCAGGAGCCAGAUUGCAUUGCCUGAGGCACAUUAUGGCACAGCUUUUCUUAGUGACUUAAGAAUCCCUUUAAGAAGGGCCAGGGCCUUGGUACAAAAAAGCCCCAUUUGAAAACGUAUGAACGCUAAAUUGACUUUAGACCCUAGGGGUGAAGAGAGCCUGCAGUCCUGCCCAACAGUAGUUUGUGUGCACAUCUGUAACUGUGUUGUCUUCACGGCAAUAUUUAGUGCCUGGUGUUUUUUUUGAAAAGUGCUACUCUUUUUCUUCCCUCCCUGUUAGUAUCAUAUUCAGAGACAUUGCAAGAUGCAGUAUCCUUUUAAAAAUACGUUCUCCAAAUUUUGAUUCUUUUUUUUUAAAGUAAAGUUCAUAGUUUUAAUGCUGUAAAUUAUACAUUUUGUAAAGCUAUCUUGUAUCUCUGCCUCUUUAUUUUUCUAUCGGACAGAAGCCUGACAUGCAAUGUGGGAGGAUGGGAUAUGUCUAUAGAAUCUUUACACUACAAAUAAAAUGUUAUAAAAUCUU